AUGCGUCGUCCUACCAUUGCCUCUUUGCCUACCUGGUGCAGCCAUUGGCUGGGUUAUCGUACCGACCCUGUCAAGCCUCCGCCGAAAUAUCUUGUCCACCUCUGGUCCUUCAUUGGCGCCUUUUGUGGUUUGUCCCUUUUGUGCGGCCUGUUCAGCUACAGCGAGUACUUUCUCAAUCAUGGAGUGCCCAUCAUCGUCGCAUCAUACGUGAGUAUAUCCAUCGUCUACUCAUCAUCGGACAUGGCAACUCACACAUUUUGCAGGNGAGCAUCAGCCGUCCUCUGCUUCGGCUCGAUUGAGAGCCCACUCGCCCAGCCGCGAGCCCUCAUCUUCGGCCACUUCUUCAGCGCUCUAGUCGGCACCUGCGUCACCAAACUCUUCGAACUCCUGCCCGAGUCGAGAUUCCACAGUCUGCGCUGGCUGGCUGCUUCUCUCUCGUCGGCGAUUGCCGUGGUGGUCAUGCAAGUCACCGAUACCACUCACCCUCCUGCCGGCGCGACCGCUUUACUUCCCGCCACGAAUGAAGAGAUCCGCGAAUUGUCUUGGUACUUUNUGCCCAUCGUUCUGUUGUCGUCUGUGUUGCUGCUUGCUGUUGCUCUCAUCAACAACAACAUACAGCGACGCUACCCGACUUUUUGGAUUGCGCCGGCAAAGCCGCAGGCGGUAAUCCCCACGACCAAUCCUGGAGUUCCUUCUUCUGAAUCCAGUCAGCAAAGCAGCAAGCUCUGA